AUGUCUCAAGCCGCGCCAAAGCGUCGAGGCCGCCCCGCGAGGAAAGUCCCACAAACGGAAGAAGAACGGCUCGCCUCGCAACGCGCGCGAUCGCAAAGGUACUACCGACGACAGCACGAGCAGUCCGUUGACUCCCACCGCGUUGCCGUUGGAUCGCAGAAUGCGGAGUUUGUGUAUCACUACCAACCCCAUCCGCCUGCCUUACCAUCGACUACGAACCCCGUUGUCGGCCUCCACUUGGAGCCGCAUCUUCACAUACCAACACCUUUAGAGCAAGAUGUAGUAGCCGAGCCCACUUGUACCGACGCGCCGGGUGAGGCGGACACGGACCCAACAGCGGCACCAACGUCGUGGAAUCCACCGGUCUGGAACCAUCACGAAAAUUCACGGGUCGCACGGUCGAGUUUAGAUGAUAAUACAUCCGAAGAUGACUACAAUCCAUUAUUCGAGGACUCUCAGAUACAACUCGAGCUUGUCUCACAAGGACAAGACAAUACAGGAGAUGGCUACGAUGCGGUCAUUGAUAGGGGCGAAGCCGAUUCUCCGCAGCUCGAGGCUCGAGAUGAAGAACUGCAGGAUCUAGUUGAUAAGGUCCAGCAGUUGCUCAUCACGACGUCGUUAGACAGAGAGGCAACAAGGAGGGAUAGUGGUAAUGGCCUGGCAGAAAAUACCAUCGAAUCACCAGUAACUUCCGGCUCAGCGUUUUUGCAAGACGAUGCGAGAUCUUCGACUCCACAAUCUCAAGGCUCUGCUCGGUUAUCACGUAGAUCUGAUGAAGCCCAGGGACGAAGCCAUGCGACAUCAUCAUCUGCAACGCCGUCAUCACAGUUACGAAAGGCAAGCUUGUUGGAUAAUUGGGUGCGGCGGCCUUGUACUCGCUCACCAGACGGCUCUUCCAGUGGAGUAAGCUCACAAGCGUACGACUGCGACGGAUUCCUUCUACCAUCGGCCACGGGUGUGCAAAGGUUCAGGCGGGAACACUCGGGCUUUGUCGAUCGCUCUAGUGCUGUAUCGCCAUCAUCCUCAACGCCCAGAGGAUUUGGAGUAGAAUGGAUCUAUCACGGGCUCUACUCGUGGAACCUCCGUCGUCGGCUGGAACGGGAAGACUACCUUACCACUGAUGACGUUCUCUGCGGCAUGCGGCUGGCUAUUGAGCUGAGCGGCUGUCAGGACGUCACGACGCUCGCACGCACCAUCCAUCUUGGUGAGCCUCAGAACAACUCUAUCCAGCUGAGCCAGGCUGAGAUCGAAGAUAUAAGACGGCAUGACGCCACAAUACUGUCGAUCUUUCGUCCAGGUAUCGAGAAUGGGGUCGGUCACUGGUCACUUGCCAUCUAUCAGCCAGCACGGCCGCAUUUCUUCUUCUGCGAUUCACUUGGAAGUCGUGAUGACUGCUACCAUUCUGCGCUUCGAGACAUCCACGGCUCGGUACUUCCAGACUCUGCGCCCGCAUCCAUUUGCGAUGUGCCAAUCACUCGACAAGUAAAUGGCUGGACAUGCGGUAUCAUAGUCGUGGAAUGUGUCCGACGAUUUCUGGCCGCACGAGAGCAGUAUUAUAGCGAGGAUUUAAUGAUAGAAGACCAGCCCGGGAUACUCGACUGGACACAGCAGGAGCCGUAUUUGUCUGAGAUACAAGACCCAGACUUGCGAGAGAUUGGUGCUAUAUCGUACUGGAUCGAGGUGAUAUCGCAAUAUUUAGGCGCAACAUCAAAUCACAGUGCCACCUCCGUCGGCAGCAGAAGGAGUAGUAGUAAUGAUGCAGAUACCAUCCCAGAGCCGGCUGACCCUGCGCUGCUCCUCUUCCAAGAGUGGAGCAGACCGGUAGGAUGUACGUCCCGGCAACAUGAAGAGGACCACUCCUCCCAGCUGGCGGAUGCAACCACAAAGCGAGGCGUCUCCCCAAACUGUUCUUCUCUGUUGGAUAUUGCAAAGAGGUUAGAGGGUGUGACUGGGGAGGAUGGCACAAAUGAUAAUGGGCCAUUACCUUACGUCCUAGACCCGGCAAAGGAUCUCAUGAGGCCCGGCAUGCGGGAGUCCUCAUCGGACGCUGGCCCAACACGCUAUAGCGGACCCUGCAAAGCCGCCAUGGAAGGCUUGGUAGAGGGUGAACAAGAUCCGCCCUAUCUCUGCAUGCAUUCCAACCACUGCGCUCGACGACUAGAGGAUGACUGUAUAUCAUCGUCCUACGACAUUGAUAGCCUUUGCAGCUUUCCCACCUCCCUUGGCGUGGCCCGGAUGGGGAUUCAAUGGUACACUCAGUCACAUGUCACGCUCAACCUGGUUGACAAUGUCCAUCUGAGCAUGGAGAUCCCGGGCACGCGUGAGCAAGAUGGUACAGUGACGAUCCAGCCUCUCCACAAUGUCCCCAACUACUGCCUCGGACGUGUCAUUGGCCUUGCGGAUACUUUCAUCUGGGCCUUCUUCCCUGCACUCUUCUCGGGCAAGCUCUCCGAUCCGUAUAGCCAAACCUGUAUUCCCAGGAAGAACUUUGUGCACUGGUAUGAGGAAGUGAUGCUGCCCGCCAUACAAGCUGUUAUCGAUGACAACAACAUACUUCAGUACAUCCCAAAGACACAUGCCAUCGCGUCUUCGGACUGCAGUGCGCCCCGGGAAGCGUUAGCAGCUCUGGAGGUGGCGGAGGGAGAGGAGGCCGAUAUGGAAGAAGAACUGGGUGGAUUUAACGGAGCGAAAAGACGAGACGGUGCAGCCGCACUGCCGGGGUCACGACGCAAGCACUUCUACGUCACGCUUCAGCCCCGCUACCUCGCAGCUUUAUGGGAGGAGAUAUAUUCCAGAGCUUCUCCCUGGCCGGAAUAUGCAGGACUGCGACUCUACAUGGCUGCUAAGAACACUAAAUUGACGUGGAUGCGGCCCACGUUCGAGUCGGCACUUGCGGAGUGGCAACACCACUGGAAAUCUGCGGUUGACGAGUCGUACAUUGAUCCGGAAGUCACCUACAUUGACAUUGGCCGACAGAUGACGCCGGCCGAUACAGGACCACAUGGACGCGUGCUUCUUUGGCGCCGUUGCUGCAUGGACAGGCUCUGGCGUCGUCGGCUACAGUGGAGCCGGAUCCAAAAUCGGCUGUAUCACCGUGAGGAAGACGCUUGCAAGGACGACUCAGGCAAACGCCAGGCUCCACCAAUUCGCAGGACGACCUAUCCAUUUGUCACUCUCCGCGAUGCGAGAGAUAUGACCAUCACUCCUAGCUCAUCAAGCUGGGAACUUCGAAAUGGUCUUGUGUAUAGCCAGUUCUACAACCUCAUCAAAGUUCCCUUUGACGCAGCUAAGCAGUACCCAUUCCAGAACCGCCAUACCGAGAGCAUGGCGCUAGAUCCAUCGUACCUCAGAGACCAACGUAACUCCACACGAGGGGCACAUGCGCACCAGUCCCGAGUACAAUGUGCCUACCGUCUGAGCAAGCUCCGUAUUCAUCGCAACGUUCCCGCUAUCGACCAGGAUGAUGAUGAUGAUGAGAUGCAACAUGAGGGAUCAGCACAUCAUCCUUUCACAUAUGGUAUACGUGCAGAGGAUAGGGAUAUCACUGGCCCUUCUACGGCGCAUCACUGA